AUGAUCAAUAGCACCAAUCCCGCAAUGAUUGGUAUUUGCAAUGAGAACCAUCAAGACUCAUGUCUGUAUGAGCCUAUCGCCAUCAUAGGCAUGGGCAUGAGACUCCCAGGACGCGUCUAUAACGCUACCGACUACUGGGACCUCCUCAUCAAUGGCAGAAGCGGACGUUGCAGAGUCCCAAAGAGUCGUUACAACGUCGACACCUGGUAUGGUCGUGAGAAAGCUGCUCACGCUCCCAGUGAGUUUGGCUAUUUUCUCGAUGACAUCAACCUGGCCCAUGUAGACCCUAGCUUUUGGUCUUUCACGAAACAGGAGGCCGAACUCAUGGACCCUCGGCAACGUCUAUUUCUCGAGGUUGCCUACGAAGCCCUUGAGAACUCGGGCUCGACUAAAUGGAGAGGACACGAUAUUGGGGUAUACGUUGGAACCAUGGGAGAAGACUGGAGUCAGCUUGAGUCUCGCGACGGUCAGAGCCUCCAACAGGUUCGGCCUGAUGUUUAUGGAGACUACAUCAUUGCCAAUCGGGCUUCGUAUGAGUUUGAUCUUACAGGACCGAGCGUCGUUGUUCGAACUGCAUGUUCCGCAUCUCUUGUUGCACUGCAUCAGGCAUGCCAAGACCUCCACAGCGGAGACUGUUCAUCUGCCAUAGUUGGGGGCGUAAACCUCAUUCUCAGCCCCAAGGAUACCAUCAUUAUGCAGCAAAAUGGAGUUCUGUCUCCGUCAACAGCAUGUAAAAGCUUUGACGCCGAAGCUGAUGGAUUUGCACGCGGUGAAGGUAUAUCUGCCAUUUACAUCAAGAAGGUGUCGGAUGCAGUACGCGAUGGCAAUCCUAUCAGGGCAGUGGUUCGGUCCACAUGCACUGCCGGAAAUGGCAGAACCCCAGGACUGACAACGCCGAACCCUGAUAUCCACGAAAGACUCAUGAGAAGAGGACACAAGAUGGCUGGGGUCACCGACCUGUCCAAGACUGCGAUGGUAGAGUGUCACGGGACUGGCACUUUGGUUGGAGAUCCUUUGGAAGUUAGUGCAGUGGCCAACAUCUGGGGUGAUCAUGGUAUAUACAUCGGCUCAGUUAAGCCAAACAUUGGUCACGGCGAAGGGGCUUCUGGGCUCUCCAGUGUGAUCAAGAUGGUCCUGGCAUUGGAGAACUCCACCAUACCACCAAACAUCAACUUCAAAACUCCUAAUCCUCGAAUUCCAUGGAAGAGUGCCAAACUCAAAGUUCCCACAGAGCCUGUACCGUGGCCAACUGACAGAGAUCAGAGAGUCUCAGUCAACAGCUUUGGUAUCGGUGGCUCCAACGCUCACGUUUUGCUGGAAUCUGCCUCUUGCUUCGGCUUAUCGACUUCCACCCUAACGAACGGCUUGAGCUCAGGGCCCGGCGUUUCAAGACACCAACUUCUGCCACUUUCCGCCAAACAUCCCAAGUCCAUCGCUGCUUUGAGCCAGAAGGUUCAGAGUUAUUUGGGUCGCAGUCCGGAGAGCUUGGGCGACGUCGCACACUCGUUGGCAUCUCAUCGAGAGACACACCCAUAUCGAGCUUUCUGUGUGACCAACGGUAGCAGUCCCUUACAGAUUUCAUCGGUUGUCAAAGCGACAACAUUAUCGCCAGAUUUAGUGUGGGUCUUCACGGGCCAAGGGGCUCAAUGGGCUCAAAUGGGUAAAGAACUUCUAGAACAAGAGGGUUUGUUCAAAGACAGGAUCGAUGCCAUGGAUGGAGUUCUUGCAGGUCUUCCAGAUCCUCCGCCGUGGACACUACGAGAAUUACUGUCUGCUCCAAAAGGAGAGAGUCGUCUCCACGAAGCAGAGUUUUCGCAGCCAUGCUUGGUUGCAAUCCAAGUUGCGCUUGUCGAUUUACUUCGCUCAUGGGACGUUACGCCAGCUGCAGUAGUGGGACAUUCUUCGGGCGAGACCGCUGCUGCCUAUGCGGCUGGCGCAAUUACAGCUGAAGAGGCUAUCUUGAUCGCCUAUCACCGCGGUCAAAUCACUCGUCUCAUCAAAGCUGCACACAACGGCAGCAUGGCAGCAGUUGGUCUCGGCAGAAAACAGAUUGAGCGGUUUCUUCGCCCAGGUGUCAUCAUUGGCUGUGACAACUCUCCGUCAAAUGUCACUCUGUCAGGUGAGAGCAAUGUUCUUGAGGAGAUUCUUCUGGACCUCAGCUCUAAGCACCCGGAUGUUCUUGCUCGGAAGCUCCGCGUUGAGUGCGGAUACCACUCUCACCAUAUGAAGACUGCCGCCGCAGAUUUUACGUCCCGUCUAGAGGGACUGCUUCAAAACAAGGAGCCGCGAAUUCCAUUCUACUCGUCUGUGACAGGAGAGAAGAACACAGACAUGUCUCACACAUAUUGGGUCCGCAACGUCAUCUCACCUGUUCUAUUCAAUACAGCGGUACAAGGAGUCCUAGACGAUUUCAAAUCUCCAAUUUUCGUCGAGAUUGGCCCACACGCAGCUCUUGCCGGGCCGGUUCGUCAAAUCCUGAGCUUCAGAAACAUGUGUGCACAAUACACACCAACGCUGGUGCGCAACCAGGAUGCUGUUUCAGCCGUUCUGAAGACUGGGGGGGAGCUCUGGGUGGCCAGCGUCAAUAUUGACAUGGCUGCAGUCAACCCACCGGGACAGUUUCUAACAGAUAUUCCGACAUAUCCAUGGCACUACGAUGAGGAGUAUUGGAAAGAGAGUAGACUUUCUCGCAGUUGGCGGUUCAGAACUUUCGACCACCACGAACUUCUCGGCUCUCGCGUCGAGGAGAUCUCGGACGCCUGCCCUGCUUGGAGGUGUAUUUUACGGCUCGAGGAUGUUCCAUGGCUGCAGGAACACGUCAUUAGGGACAAAAUCACAUUUCCUGCGUCUGGUUUCAUUUCUAUGAUAGGAGAGGCUCUGAGACAGCUCCACGGGUCCUUGGACUUCACAUUGAAAGCUGUGUCUAUGGAGGCAGCUUUGACUCUGGAUGAAAAGACAGUCGAGGUUGUGACGAUACUCAAUCCAACAAGGUCAAAGACUUCGAGCAAGAAGAUCGUUUACGAUUUCUCGAUAUCUUCACUUGCAGAUGGGAGCGAAGUAUGGGUCAGCCACAUCUUUGGUCAGUGCAGAUCCGGCUCAGAUCGGAGGCAUGCUGUCCCUGACAUGCCUGCCCUGCCACGUCAAGCUUCAGCAAAUUCAUUCUACAACACUUGGAAAAGACAUGGUCUGAACUACGGUCCCAACUUCAGGGGUCUGUCCAAUGUCAGUUCACAUGUUAGCGAAGCCAGGGCUUUUGCAACACUGGAUGGCAAGCUCGCAGGCUACACCAACUCGCCCUAUUCAAUUCAUCCAGUUACUCUCGACACAAGCAUGCACGUGGCAAUGAUAUCCGAGUCCCGUGGUCUGGAGCGAAACGUUCAGGGACUAGUUGUUCCCACUUAUAUCCAAGAGGUGUAUGUUGCUCGACCAACCGGACAGAUCAAUGUUGUCGCUAGUGCCGAUAAUGAGGCUGAAGCAAUUGCCAAGAGCAAUAUCAUUGGAGUUUCUGAUGGACAAGUCGUGAUCGAGAUCUCUGGCUUGGAAGUAACUCAACUCGGUGGAGUUAUUAGCGACAAAGUAGCAGAUGAUCCUCAUGCUGGUGUCGUUUUGAAAUGGAUGCCAGACAUCAACUUCACGAAGGCGACUCAACUUUUUCGCCGUCGGGAAAUGGAUGCCAGUUACAACGUUUUGAAUGAACUGGUCUUGGCCUGCAUCGUUGAUCUGAGAACUCAGCUUCAGUUCCUUCCUGCCACGCAACCUCACUUUGUGAACUACAAGAGUUGGCUUGAUGCGUCAUAUCGCAAGGCUAUGACUGGGCAGUACGCAGAUGUCCUCAACGCUUUCGACAUCGCAACGAUGAAUCACAAGACAAGACUCAAGGCUAUCGGGAAAAUGACAGAGUCUUGCAAGCGGACUCCUGCGUUGGAUGCCUCUGUAUCGAUCUUCCGCGUGCAUACCUUUGGCGCAGACUGCUUCUCCGGAUUGCCCCAUGCGAUCAAGCCACUCGCACAGCCCAGCCACUUCGAUGGAGCUGCCAACCUCAUAGCUAACGUGGACUUCACCGACUUUGUUCGACUUUUAGGGCACAAGAAUCCAGGGUUGAGAGUUUUACACAUAGGUGCGAGAGAGAGCGAUGGCUUGCUAUCGAAGCUGUUGUGUUCCGAUGACAUCAACUUCCCAUAUGGUAGUUACGUUUAUACCGGCGCUUCCUCAAAGCCGCCAAAGUCUUUGAGAAACCGUUACGAGUCAGCACCAGCUGUUACCUACAAGCAGUUGGUGAUUGACAUAGAUCCAUCAUCGCAGGGCUUCUCGGAAGAAUCUUUCGAUCUCAUAAUCUCCGAACCUACGCUAUCCUCUUUCUCGAACGUCUCCAUAAUCAAUAUGCGGAGACUGCUCAGUCCGCGAGGUCAUCUGAUUCUUCAACAUGCGAACCCCGAGUCCAACCUUCUCCGGUUCGCAUACGGGCUAUCAACCAACUUUGAUCUCGGCUACGGCUCCCUGGGUUGUCCUGACAUAUUGCUGAGCCAAUUAAGUCACGCUGGCUUCGACAAUGCCUCAACCUUUACCUUCGCAGGAGAGCAUAGCAGGGUCACUGUCGCCACACCAUUUGCUGACUUUUCAAAGAUGAGCAAGGCCAGCAUCAUCUGUCAAGACCCAAGUCAUCAUCUGGUUGUUGCAGCAACAAGAGACUUAGAAUCCCACGGUAUUUGCCUACAGUUCUUUUCCCUUGGGCAGGAGCUGCCCUAUGGUCAGGCUGUCGUGUGUCUGCUAGAUCUGGAAGGCCCCUUCCUUCAUGACAUGGAUCGCAUUCAGUGGGAAAACCUCAAGAAGUCUUUGUCUUCUGCGCAGGAUGAGAGGUUCCUUUGGAUCACCGCAGCCUCUCAAAUUCACUGCAAAGAUCCAAGGUACUCUUUGACACUGGGUGUGACCCGCAGCAUCCGGAGAGAAUUGUCGAUUGACCUGGUUACCCUUGAACUAGAAUCUUACGACACUAGCGGAUGGAGUGCCAUGACCACUGUCUUCGAGUCUCUUGGCAACCGUAGCAGCACUGGCGGCACUAAGGCGGAUUCUGAAUAUGCUUUCUCCGGGGGGUCGAUUCAAAUAUGUCGAUUUCACUCUGUCAAGGUUUCCGACGACCUACGAGAACGAUGCGAGGGUGCACCCAAGGUUUUGAGGAUGAAGAAGCCCGGAAUAUUGCAAUCUUUAACAUGGGAAGAAUCAGAAGCCACGAUGCUGAGCGAUGAUCAUGUGGAAGUCUCAGUAAAAGCUGUUAGUCUGAACGCAGAGGACUCAAAAAUCUCAUCGGCUCACUUCACAGACAGCAGUAGCGGUUGUGCCGAAAUUGGCCUUGAAGGUAGUGGUGUUGUGACAGCUGUCGGGUCAAAGACCUGUCGAUUCCGAUUGGGUGACCGCGUUGCGUUCAACCUCAGUAGCUCCUUGGCUACUACAAUCAUCGUCCCCGAGACUCUUUGUGCAGAGAUUCCACACGCAAUGACAUUUGAAGAGGCUGCUUCGUAUCCUUACUCUUAUAGCACGGUGCUCUAUGGACUUAUGGAGCUUGGCAGGUUGAGGAAGGACCAGACUCUUCUGAUUCAUUCGACGCCGGGUGCUCUUGGUCUAGCUGCUAUCCAAGUUUCAAAAAUGGUCGGUGCAGAGAUCUUCUGCACGGCCGAGAAUACAACACAAGCCCGAUAUCUCCAGAAGAUAUACGGUAUCCCGAGCAACCGCAUCUUAAGCUCUGACAUCACCUCAUUUGUGCCUAACAUCCUACACCAGACAAAUAGCCGGGGUGUGGACAUCGUCUUCAGCACGCGUCCUGAAUCAAUACAGGAGAGCUGGGCAUGUCUCAAGCCAUUUGGAACGAUGGUACAAGUACGACAUGGCGGAGGUCAGAUGGCGGAUAUUUUGAAAAGUUGCCGCAACCGAACUUUAGUGAACAUUGACCUUGAGGAAUUGAGAGUUCACCAGCCCGAGGAGAGUACUCGUCUUCUGGAGCAGGCAUUCUUGUUCCACAAGUUUGGACUCAAUAAGCCCUCGCAGCCCAUCACAGUCUUUCCAGCUUCUGACAUGCUGUCAGCUUUCAAGUACUUGCAAAGUGAAGGGCGGAUCGGCCAAGUUGUUAUCAAGAUGCCUGAAAGCAAAACAGAGCUCCAAGCUCUUCCCUUACGACGAAGAAUGGCUCUCCGUUCGGAUAGAACCUAUGUCAUCGUCGGCGGUCUUGGAGGAUUGGGUCAAGCCACGGGAAGAUUUCUCAUCGAAAAGGGGGCUCGUCAUUUGAUAUUCUUUUCCAGAUCUGCCAAAGAUGUCGCCCACUCAGCAUAUUUCAACGAGCUUGAGUUUCUAGGCUGCAUGGUUCAAGCCGUUCCUGGUAGUGUCAACGAGAUGACGGAUGUGGUGAGGAUGGUUGACUCAGCAACUACUCCAAUUGCUGGUGUGUUACACGCUGCAAUGGUACUCCAGGAUGUUCACUUCGCCGACAUGACUUUUGAGCAAUGGCAUACUACCGUCUCACCAAAAGUACAAGGAACUUGGAACCUCCACUACGCUCUCCAAGCACAGAGAGAUCCUCUUGACUUCUUUUUUCUCUUCAGCUCCCUCUCAGGUUUGGGAGGACAGAUUGGACAAGCCAACUAUGCUGCUGCAAAUGCAUUCCUCGAUGCGUUCGUUCAAUACCGGCAUUCUCAGGGACUAGUAUGUUCUGUACUCGAUAUCGGUAUCAUGGAAGACAUCGGUGUUCUUGCCAGAGAGACCAAUCGCCUCGAAGCUCUUCGCUCAACUUCUCAGCAUUGUCUUCAUGAACAGGACCUCCUUGAUGCCAUGGAGUUAAUGAUUAACAGAUCUCAAGCGAAGAAGAGGAUCCAUACGCAAGCCUUAUUGCAUUCGAUUGAAGGCUACUUAAACUCGAGUCAGCUUGCCAUCGGAAUGCGGUCUUCGUCUUCCAUAAACAGGACCGGUUGGCAGCAAGAUCCACGCGCCGGAUUCUUAGCAAAGACUGUGUCUGUAGAUGGUCCUAUCGACCAACACAAAUCAGAAAGCACUCUGAAAGGUUAUCUUCAGAGAUGUGUGUUGGAUCCCUCGCAGCUGGAAUCUGACGAGGCGAAACACUUCCUGGCUGGGGAGAUUGGUGCAGCAUUGCGGGGCUUCAUGAUGCGACAAGAUGAGGAAGUCGACUUGACAAGGCCGCUGCAAACGGAUUCCUUGGUCACGGUUGAGCUUCGAAACUGGCUGAGACAAAAAGUUGGUGUAGUCCUCAAUGUUCUCGAGAUGAAGAGUGCAGCGAGUGUGAUCGCGCUGGGUGGUUUGGUGGCGAUGAGGCUUUCGGCCGUGUACAGAAAUCGUGUGCAAGAUGUAGGCAUCGUUUGA